CCGCUCGCACGUGGUUCUGGAGGGGGAAACUGCUCUCUCAAGCGCCUCCCCGACGCUUAUCUGGAUCAUGAUUCCUUCAGCCAGGCACUCAGGCAGUGUUGCCUGUCAGCAGCUUGCCCGCAGCUGCCUUCCUGCGGUGCAUCAUCCUCCACCGCCGUAUCUUCGGCCGACUCGCAACCCGUGCAAAGCACCUGCCUUCAGCCGGGAGGCCGUGGCUGGACCGACCCGUGAGGAAGGGAUGCGAGCAGUGCCACCGAGGUGGGCUGUCUUCGGGAGCAGUGGAAGCAGGAGGAUGUUCUCCAGUGCGGCAACAAGACACUCCAAUAAAGGGGGUCAGGCAGCCCACUCACUGGCAGACAGACAGAUGACAUGAAUUGGAUUACAUGGACGGGGAGGGAGAGGAUCCACUCACUCACUCACUCGGUUCUCUGUCUGUCUGUGUGGACUGGACCCCUUGAUGCCUUCAUUGCAAGCAGAUGCUCGUUACUUCACCAGUCCGUCGACCGACAUGCUCAAGCAGCUCCGUGACCUCCCACGCGGCGGGGCGCCCCCCAAACCAGCCAUCUACGUCAGUGCUGUGCUCAACCAACACAUAAACCACUAGUGUAGGAGGGCAGUAGUGCGCCCAUGUGCACUCUGUGCGUGUUUGUGCGAAUCUAGGUUGGUUGGGUGGAGAAGAAGGACUGCGAGGGAGGCGACGAGUCCAUGACCGGCCUAGACAUCGUCCCGGACAUCCCGAUGGCCAGGCCGGACCUCGCCAAACGCCUCGGGGUGCCGGUGCAGGAGGUGCGGCUCGUCGAUCCCUCCUUGCAGGACCACAUGCCGACGAUCUUCGUCCGGCCGAACGCGAUUCUCCUUCGGUUCGGCAAGGUCAACGCCAUCAUCACCCACUGCAAGCUGGCUGUCUUCAAGCGACACGCGGUGGGCGGAGACGGAAUCGCUGGAUGGAUGAAUGGAUGCGUGGGGUCAUAAGGAUGGAUCUCUUGUCGUGGUCAUUGGUGUCAGAUGAAGUACUCUUACCUUCCUAGUCUCAAGUAUGGUGCUGAUCCCGCAGAGGCGGUGCUGGCGGGGGUGGAGAUGACGCUCAAGUCGUCCCUGGACGAGGAUGUGGCUGAGAGGGACGACUAUGAUGAGAGCGGCGGCCAGACAACGGCCACCAGGCCAUUCGAGUUCCUCUGCCUCGAGGUAUUCAAUGCAGUCAAUCUUAUCCCAGUACUGGCAAUUGAUUGACUUGUCGUCGGCUUCACUGUUGUGCCCGUGUGUGUCUGUGAAUGUGCAGGUGUGCAUGUCGGAGGCACUCAAAUGUGAGUGAGCAAAAUGGAUGGCACAGAAGGACGGAGGGGGGAUGCGGUGCGGUGCCUGGGUGCGCAUUCUGUUCCGCCUGACGUGUGCGUGUGUGGUCAGCAUACGUCGAGGACGUGCAGCAUCUCAAGGUCGCAGUGGACUCACACCUCAAACAACAAAACGGCAUGCACACACACACACACACACAAACGAAGGAACCAAACGCCACUUACGCAGCCUCCCCUCUCUCUGUGUGUCUAUCAGACCAAGCAAUGCCGUCCCUCGAGACGCUUCAGGAGCUGACUCAGGUCAAGACGGAGCUGGCCAACGUGGAGCGGUUCAUCCGGGCCAUGAAGGGCGCAGUCGAGAACGUCCUGCGCGAGGAUGAAGACAUGGCCGCCAUGUACCUCUCCGAGACAGCCAUCAAGUGAGCGAGCAAGAUGGAGGGAGAGAGGGAGAGAGGCCGGCAGCACAAGAGACCUUCUUGACCCAUGUAUGUGGUGUGAGUGACUGUCCGUCAGUCAGCCGCGGGCCAAGUCGGCGCAUCAAGAAGUGGAAAUUCUCUUCGAGAUCUACCAAGGCAGUGUGAGCACUGCAUCACGGCCCAGCACCACACGACGCCCGAGAGCCCUUUUACUUACACUCAUCUGUCUGCGUCUGUCUGUGUGCAUCUAGCUUGAAGAGCUGACGAGUGACGUGCAGAAGAUGAAGAAGGACAUCGACUACUCCGAGGAAAUGAUGAAGGUGAGGCUCGACAUGACCCGCAACGAGAUCAUGCAGCUCGAGCUGCGCAUCUCCAUCAUGUCGGUGUCGCUCGCACUCGCCGCUGUCGGUACGGGCGCAUUCGGGAUGAACCUCACCUCACACAUCGAAGAGCACCCUUAUGCUUUCUAUACCGUCUCAGCCGCGUAAGAUCUUAAGCAUCGAAAGCCUUGAGGCAGGCCAGGCCGAAUGAAUGAAUGGGCAAUGUGUGUGUGUGUGUGCGUGUGUGUGCUGCAGGUUUGCCUGCACGUCGGCGUUCUCCUAUGUGCUGCUGACGUUUCUCUGCAAGCGGAGGGGUCUGCUCGGUCGUGCCCUCCGUCUGUGGACGCCCAAGCCAAGCUGGUCGCCAGGAAUGUUCUAAGGGAAGGGCGGAUGGGAUGGCUGUGCAGCUGACCUGACAGCAGAAGGAGCGAGGACACCUGACAGACAGACAGACAGAUGCACCGUGUUAUGUUAUGUUUUAUUAUCUGGUGCAUGAGUGUGUGGGCUGGUUGGUGAGGUGCGUCGUCCCUUUCACUCACCGGUCCUUGCAGAGGCAGCCAGGCAGCCAGCCACGAUGGAUGCGAGAAACGAGACACAUGGAGAGAGAGAGAAGGGAGAGAGAGAGAUGGGUUUGUCACUCACGGUGCGUAUGGGCGUAGAAGCUUACGGCGUGUGUAUUGUAUAGCUGUGUGUGUGAGAUGGAGAAGGCGGACUUUGUCUCUCUGUCGCUGCUGGGGCCAGGCACUGACUGACACGGCUGAACACAAGCCAGCCCACAACUAGUGCGGGCUGGCUGGCCGGUGUUGCUGCAGCGGGAGCAGGAUCUGACUGCCACAGGGAGCAGCCUAGCCUGCCUUUACUAAGAGAACAUUAACCUGAUGGUGUCAG